GACAAAAAAAAAAGUGAUGUAAUAAAAAAAAAGAAAAGAAAAAAGAGAGUAUAGUUCAAGAUAAACAUAAACACAUUAUAUAACCGCUUUCCUUACCAAAAAAUUCCAAAUAAAUUACACGCAUCUCAUCAAAUCUCCAAACCCUAAUUUCAAAGCAAUCAAAAAAUACCCUUUUUCCAUCUAAUUUUUCGUUGCUAUUUUUUAAGGAAUUAUGGCUCUCGCACAGACUUACUAUUCUCAAGGCGGGCCUUUUCGUGGAGACUCUAGGUCUUUUUAUGGUAGAAACCAGAUUGGUGGAACGGUCCAUUCCUCUGCUUACAACCAUUGUAACGCUGCUGUUGGCCAUGUUUUCAACUCUAAUGGCUCCCAUGACUUUAGUAGAAAUUUUAACGAGUAUGGCUACAAUUAUGAUAAUUUCAUAAAGCCUGAGGCUGAACCUUCCUUGAAGAGGAGGAAGUGCUCAACUUCUGGUUGGGAAAGCAGUGGCAGGUACUCUCAAGCACCCAAUGCAUGUAAAAAAGAUGUUCCUUCAAAGCAGCCAAGCGCAUGCUAUAGUGUUCCUGUAAGGAAUGCUCCCAAUGCAUGUAAAAAAGAUGUUCCUUCAAAGCAGCCAAGCGCAUGCUAUAAUGUUCCUGUAAGGAAUGCUAGAGCGUAUGAUGAUGCUUAUUCAACUGGUAACAACAAUUUAGCCAUUACUACCUGUACUUCUAGACCUCCUCCUGAUGCAAGGGUACCCAAGUGCUCUAAGCGCGACCGUUCAUGGCUUGAGGAUACUGAAACUGAUAAUAUCUUUAUGUCUAAAGAGGAAAUUGAGAAAUGCUCUCCGUCGAGGAAAGAUGGUAUUGAUGCAAUGCAUGAAGCACAUUUGCGAUACUCGUAUUGUGCUUUCCUUCAGAACCUUGGUAUUCGCUUGGACCUGCCCCAGACCACAAUAGGAACUGCCAUGGUUCUGUGUCACCGCUUCUUUGUGAGGCGAUCACAUGCAUGUCAUGACAGAUUUUUGAUUGCGACUGCUGCUCUCUUUCUUGCGGCGAAGUCAGAAGAGACUGCACGGCCUCUCAACAAUGUUCUGAGGGCCUCAUGUGAAAUUUUCCACAAGCAGGAUCUUGCAGUUCUAUCAUAUUUGCUACCUGUGGACUGGUUUGAGCAGUACCGCGAGCGUGUUACUGAGGCUGAACAGAUGAUAUUGACCACUUUAAAUUUUGAACUGAAUGUGCAACAUCCAUAUGAACCUCUUACAUCCACCCUUGAAAAAUUAGGGCUUUCUGAAACAGUGUUGGUGAAUCUGGCACUGCAUCUUGUCAGUGAAGGCUUCUUUUCCAGAGGUCGUAGAUUCCCCUAAUAAUACCAAAAUGAUGAUCUAAAGGGAUUGAAUAUUUCAUGGUAGCUGGAUGAUAAGUUCUCAUCAAACUUAUGACUCAUUUUAGAUCUACAACUGCUUGUAACUUGUGUAAAAAUGUGGAUUUUCUCUCCCUUGAUUGCUCUAGCUACCUGUUCUGGCCUGUGAUAUUGAUCUUUUGGAUUGCCAUAUAAUUGCAGGGUCUAUAGAAGGAUUAGCUUGCUCACCUGUAUGAUAUUUGCUGGCGGUUGAUAUGCUGUACAUCAAAUGUUUUGUUUUACAGUCUGAAGUUAAAAUUAGCCAUUUCUUGUGGAUGCUUUUCCAUGCUGACAUCUUAAUAGUAUGGCCAUUGACCUAGAAGAAUGUCAAAGAUGCUCCAGAAGUUUUCCAUGAUACUUUAUGUUUUUCUUGUUCAAAUGAUGUGGAGUCCUUAUGCUCUUUUUCUCUUCAUGUAGCCUAUUCCACAGGUUGUCCUUGUAGGAUGCUAGUGAUUCGGACCGGGAACUCUAUAAGGGUUGGUGGUGUGUUCUUGACCUGCCCAAUGGUGGGUAUGGGUAGUCCAGGUUUUGGAACUGGUGAAUACAGGUUUUAGAAGUUCUCAUCUUGUUGGAGCAAAGAACUAUUCCUAAAGCAUGGUAUAAAACAGAGUAACAUCUUGAAGGUGUAGUAACCUUUGUGGCAGAGAAGUCUGAGUAGACUAUUGUUUUCUGGGUUGAUAAUUUGGAACGAUUUUCAUGCUUCUGUAAUUACCAUUUCUUCUUUCCUCCUGGACAGCAUGUAAUCAUCCUACCUCUAUUACUGAAGUGCGCCAUGAUCUGGGGCUUGCUGUUUUGGUUCCCAGACUCCAUUCGAUGCUCCCUAUCUCUCUUUUGGAAAAACAGAAAUUAUCAGAACUUCCCUCCUUCUCUUCUUGAUCAUCUUGAUCUUCUCUCCUUCAGCUACCAGUCACAUGCUGAAUCCAGCUUUUCUAGUUCUGCUGGUUGUGCAUGCUCCAUAGGCAUACAUAUAGCAGAACAAGUUACUGGGAGGAUAUUUUAUCAUCCAAUUGACAGAUGUAUUAACAAUUGUCGCCUGCAUCUGAGUAGACCCUGUUCUGUUCCCUUACAAACAGCAUCAAUAGAAUGAUUGUGGACACUUGAUUUCUGUCUUUCCCCUGGUUCU